AAAAAAUGGAACAAUUUGCAAAAUACAAAUCUAUUGGUGCACAAAAAACAUAAACAAAUGAAAUGUUCAAAGGAUGUUUUAAUUGAUAUUCGUCUUUUUUAAAUCGUCAACAAAACAAAUCCAGCUGCUUGUCAGUAGGAAACUUCGGUCACACUUCAAGUGAAACUCUUAGCCGAUCUGAGCACUAAUGGAGAUCAAAGCAAUUCUUAGGUAAUGGUAAUUGAAAACACAAUUUAACUUUUUUUUGAGAUAUGCUGUGUGUGCCACGGCUAAGCGAAGACACCGUCCUGGCUUGACCGUUAUCGGAAUACUAUAUUAUCGACUUUCUGAAAGCACCGAUGACAUCGACGUGAGCAUCUAUGCUUCCCUACUCCCAUCUCUAGUCGCUCAGUGUUGGCGCUUUGCAAGAUUUACACAAUUUGUUUCCUGGCCUUACUGAUCUGCUAGAGAUUUAUUUUGGGCCAGGACAAGAUGCCCAUUAAGGCGCUGUGCAUCGAGCUUCGACCCAACUUGCGCAGCGGAGUGGCCUUCCUGCAAUUCGAUCAACUGAUCUCGCGGAGCCACGAGACGCGCGUCAUCAUUCGCGAUUACAAUGUUUACAUCAGCGAGAAGACGGAGAAACGGGAGAAUGAAAAGGACUCCAGCUCUGAUAGCGACUGCGAGGACUCCGCAUUGCUGCUUAUACAGCACGACCAAUUCGGCAUGAACAUAAACUGCUUGUCCACUUUCCUGGUCAGUGGCAGCCACAUAAGUUUUCGCUUUAACUACAACCAUAUUGAUUUGGUCGCCGUGGAUGGUGGCGCCGUGGAGGUGCCGCUGGCCCCGCUGCUCCUCUCCUGCCAGGAGAACGAGGCCAUUACCAUCAACUGUCGUGACUGCCGGGCGGAACUAGUGCCGGGCAAGGGCCAUCGCAGGUUGCGAGAGUUUCCCAGCUGCGUGGUGGAUCCCAGUGAGUUCUUCUGCCACAACCAUGGGACAGAAGGCAAGUCCCAAGCAAUAAGUUUGGUGCCCGCCGAAGCAGAUCUCUUCUAUGGCCUCAACUAUGUGGUCAUAAGCUUCAGCGAGGAAAAUCCAAACAUCCUCAAUCGCGAGGAUCACUUGUACUGCAAGCGUUGUAUGCGCUUCUUGGGCCAGACCAUGUUCAAUGGAGCCGCCGCUCGUCUCUGGGCGGAUGCAGUGUGUUGGCUGCCGGCAGGAGCACCAGCUGCUGCUCCAGAGCGCCACUUAUUCCAGAGCUCCACGCUGACGCAGCUGGUCAAGCGCUUACUGCAUUCGCUGUGGCCACAGCCGCUGCCCCAGCUCUGUUUGAGCACCAGUCGCGCGGUGCUGGUCACCUCGCUGCCCAGCCGAAAGCGACAAUACAUGUUCCUGCACGUCGUGGAGUCGCAGCUUCGGGUUCUGCGUCGCAUCCGCCCAGAAUCGAACCGUCUGCGCUGCUACCGCGCCUGCAAGCUGUACUACGGCGUUUUCGGGGGCGAUCCGCCGCUGCUGGAGAAGUGGCAGACCCAGCAGUCGCUGCCCCAGAUGGAUAUCUCGCCGGACAUGUUUCUGGCACUUCAGCAGCGACUCGACUUCAACGGCAAUUUGAUUCCACAUGCCUGGCGCAUCAACUGCGCGGAGGAGCAGCUUCGGCUUUCGUACUUCUUCUAUGAGAAUGAGGAGCAGCCCGACGGCGUGGCCGCCACCAUGAAUGUCUUUCUCGAACAGUUAAGCCAGCUGGACAACAAGCAACAGGAGGAUCAGUACGAGACGGAUGCGGGACAUGCCAGCGAGAGCGACGACGAGUACUCGGAUACGGACACCGCUUCGGAGGAGGCGGCUGUCCACUCGCUUGGAAAGCGGACGCUCCUGAAACGCUGCCCCACGCCGCCGCGCCCUUGCGACAACAUGUCCACCUCGUCAUCGUCCGCCUCAUGGGAGGAUAAGUAGUGUCCCAUCCCUUCUCAUAAUUCCCAGCUUAGCUCGUAAGUCAACCAAUCCCUCAUUUAUUGCUUUCGCUGUUGGAUGUACAUAAGCGACAGGAACAACCUUACCUAACUUGGAACAAACUUGGUCAUCAAGGUUAUUCCAUUCCAUCCAACUUUUGAGGCACAAUAUGAGUUCA